AUGCUUCUGACAUCAGAACAAACGGCAACGGUGGCCGGCUUAUCUUUUGUACGUUCCAGUGUACAGGCUUCUUUUUUUUCAAGAAAUUUUCCUGUCCAAUUGAUAAUCUAUCAGAUUGUCUACGUCUCCUGCGUCAUUGGGCUACGUGUUUUUUAUCUUAAAACAAACAAAAAUGGCGUUCAUUACCUGACAGGUAGCAGUUCAAUUAGAUUGCAAGUUAUGAACAUUUUACAGAAAUCGAAGGAAGUUUUCAAUUCCACUUCAUCCGAGUGUUUUUUUCAAUUGGCUUUUUUUUAUUGCUCGUCAUUUUCUAUUUCAUCGGCGUUCUUUUUGUCAAAUACAGGUUGCCACAUGCGUACCAAAAACAUAAAUCAAAUCACAUUUUCAGAAACUAUCACAAAAACCGUUAUGUCUCUCCGGCCAAAAAAUUUUUGAGUGAAGAGUUUCUAUGA